GACGAAGGCGAAGUAUGUCACUGACAGGCAGUCCGUGGGGGAUUGAUGAGCUGGGGGCUUCAGAAACGCCGUUUGCUAAAAGCAAGACGGGGGUUGUUCCCCGGGGCUCUCUUCGGUCCCGCGAACGAUAAAAGGGGGUGGAAAUGUCGAACCAGAAUCUCUCUCUCUCUAGGGUUUGUGCGGACGAUGAAGGAAUAAGAGUUUCGAUGAAGGACGAGGCGAGCACCGGAGGCGUAGACCCUCUUCUGUUCAGGAGAUCCUCCUCCCCUCCCCCGACUCCCGCAGCCAGUUCUGUAGGUGCAUCAUCACCCUCUGUACCUGUCAACCUUGGCAGUAUUGAUUGGUCUGGUCAUGGACGCUCUUCCAAGGCAGGAUCUCUAUCAGGGGCUGGGUCACACUGGCCCCGGGCUUCUUUCAGCACUAGUGCUGGUAAUUCUGCUCUUGGAGCAUCCCAACCUUUGUGUAGACCAUGGGAGCGUGGUGACUUGCUAAGGCGUCUAGCAUCAUUCAAGCCGUCUAAUUGGUUUUGUAAACCAAAGGUUGCUGGUUCACUUGCUUGUGCAUGCAGAGGCUGGGUGAGUGUUGACAUUGACAAAAUCGCAUGUGAAUCAUGUGGAGCGCAUUUAUCUUUUAUUUGCUCAGCAGUUUGGACACCUAGUGAAGUUGAUAGUGCUGCUGAAGCCUUUGCAAAGCAGCUUGAUGCAAGUCACAAAGGGUCAUGUCCAUGGAAAGGAAAUAGCUGCACAGAAAGCUUAGCACAAUUUCCCCCGACCCUUACGUCGGCACUCAUUGGUGGCUACAAGGAUCGUUGUGAUGCACUACUUCAGUUUCCUUCUCUUCCUGUUAUAGCAUCUUCUGCUAUAGAGCACAUGAGGCUUUCUAGAAGUUCACAAAUUGAUCGGCUCCUUUCCCAUGCACACUGUUCUGCAGCUGGGGAUGUAAAUGGCAGGGUUGAUGGCAUGCCUGUAGGCGAGACCUCUCAAGAUGAGACAAUGUAUAUUUAUGCACAGAAACUUAUAAGCUUGUGUGGCUGGGAAUCACGUUGGCUUCCUAAUGUGGUAGAUUAUGAAGAGCAUUCCACCCAAUCAGCCAGAAAUGCAUGUUCUGUUGGCCCAAGCCAAGAUCAUGUUUGCUAUUCACAGGGUCCUGUACCCAGCAAGAAUGUAAUUUCUACAGCAGCUAAAAAGGACACUGGAAAGAAGAAGUUAUCAGUUCCUGAGUCUGGAUGUCACAGUAGACUAGCACUGUUAGAUUGCAGCUUCUGUGGUGCCACAGUUAGACUGUGGGAUUUCCUUUCUGUACCUCGUCCAACUCGCAUUGGUCCAAACAUAAUUGAUAUCCCUGAAACAAGCAAAAAGUUGGUGUUGACACGUGGAAUUAGUGCAGCCAGUGGAAUAAACGGGUGGGUUGGAGUUGAUGGGAUUGACAAAGAACAGACCGAGGGCCGUGACGAAAUAGGUAUGACUGAAGCAGGUCGAUCAGCUACAAGCAUUGGUUUGGACUUAAAUCUGACUAUGGCAGGAGGGCCAUCUCCUGGACGAUCUGGAAUGCCUUCUACAUUUAACAAAAUGCAGGGACAAGAUCUUGUUGUUGCUCAACCUGCUGGGAGUGAGGUUGGGGAUCGGGCAGCUUCUUAUGAGUCAAGAGGUCCAUGUACUAGAAAACGAAGCUUAGAUGAAGGUGGAAGUACUGUCGACAGGCCUCAUCGAAGGACACAUCAUGCAGACAGUUUUGAGGGAACUGUCAUUGAUCGUGAUGGUGAUGAAGUUGAUGAUGGUAGACAGUAUUCAGAUGGACCUUCGAAGCGUGUUCGUGAUUCCGAUGCCUUUUGUACAUACCCAACAUCAUGUAUGUCUGCUGGUCCAAGCCAUUUUAUGGGCUUUGAUUUGGAUUCUGAAGUAAACAAGGUGGAUUACUCAAGGCAAGAGGGGAGUGAACAGAUGGCUGCUCUCCCUUCUACAAGAGAUUCAGCUCGUGCUUCUUCUGUUAUUGCUAUGGAUACUGUCUGCCAUGAUGCAGAAGAGAAUUCCAUGGAAAGUGUUGAGAACCAUCCUGCCGAUCUUGAUGAUAUUCAUCUUAUCCCACAAAAUAUAGACAGGAAUUUGGAUGCAAACGACAUUUCAGAACUGAAUAUUAGUCUCCAGGCACAACAGAGCACUUGUUUCCAACUGGAUUCUGAAAGAGCAGUGAGAGAAGUAAGAGUAAGCAGCACAGAUGAAGGCGAAGAAACAUUAAAUGCAGAAAAUAUUACUGGUUAUGGGAGAGAUAGACUCAGCUUUGGCAUCAGCGGAGGAAGUGUUGGUAUGGUUGCCAGUCAUGAAGCUGAAAUCUGUGGGAUUGAUUUCUCUGUUCACAGAACAGAGAGUAUUGUUGGUGAUCCAGAACCAGUUGCUGAAGUAGUUGAGAACUUAGGACAGACUGGAGAAUCUAUUCCUGAUCCUGGAUUGAUGGAUGAGUUUGUGCCUGAUACAGAGAGAGAGGUUGUACUUGGUGACAGUCAUGAUGUGAUGUCUCACUCCAAUGGGAGGGCUGACAGUGGCUCUAAAAUUGACUGUUCAACAAAAGCAGAGUCAUGGGAAAGUGGUGAGAAGGCUAAUCACAUGUUUUUGCAUCAAAAUAGUGGUCAGAAUUCUCUGACCUACAAUGCCAUCAUUUAUUCUGGAUAUGAGGUUUCCAAGGGUGAGGUAACUCAGGCCAUGAAGGCAUCUCAUAAAGAACAAACAAAUGUAGAAAGUAAUUAUGUUGAAGUUGGAGAAUUUGAUCCUAUCCAGCAUCAUCAUCAUUUUUGCCCAUGGGUCAAUGGAAAUGUUGCAGCAGCACAGCACAAUGGCCGCACUGGCACUGGCACGAGCACUGAGGUCCUUGCUAUCUGCGGGUGGCAACUAACCUUGGAUGCUUUAGAUGCUCUGCAGUCACUAGAACAUGCACCUAUUCAAACAGUGGAAUCUGAAUCAGCAGCGUCACUAUAUAAGGAUGAUCGCGUGAAUUCUAUUCAGAAAAGACUAUGCGGUCCAUCUUCGAGCAAAGGGGAUUGAAAAUCACUUCAGCACCCUUUUCAAGCUAAACUAAUGCUGUUCUUCGAAUGGAAAAGUGGUUUCAGGAGUAUGAGCAACAGGAAUAAUAUGAUACCGCGUUACAUCAAGUUCUUUACCAUUGCUGUUCAUUUCAUUAUUUCAUGUCCUGAUUGUUUUCAUCUUGCUUGUCUAAUUAUUGAUUGCUCCAAAGUUUCCUUGAUUAGAGAAUGAAGCUAAUGAAACCCGUCCUGACGAAUUUUCUGUGCUUGUUGCAGCUGUCAGCAGGCAGUGUAUCAUAUAUACACCACUAGCACAUGUAUUCUAGGUUGUUGCCAUCAUAAUGGCCAAUAAUGUUACCGUUCUUGAACUUUUACAGUUUGCGUACGGUUUAGUUAGCAUAUAGGCUUUUACGGUCAAGCAAGAAUGAGCCUUGUGAAAACGUGUGGAGCAUGAGCCCGUGAAACUCCUGCAUUAAGAUUGUGGUUAUUUCUAUUUGUGCCUGGCUAGAUUUUGAUGUACCUUGGGACCUGGUGCUGUUGUUUCUCUUCGUACAGGUAUAAAAGUAUACAAAUAAAUUACUAUAUCAAAUAUUUGGUUAAAAUGAGUGGAAUUUGUCAGCA